AAUCAAAUGACCAAAUUUGUUCAUUAGUAGAAAAAUUAGCACAAGUUGAUUUAAGCAAGAAUAUGAUGAAACAAGUUUUGGUAGCUAGAAAGGCAUGUGAAAGAACAAGUACCCAUUAACAGACACAUGUAUGCUGCUACUACAAUUCAGAAGCUAGCUCUAAUGGCUUCUAAACCCAAGUCUUCUCGCCUCCAUAACUUAGCAGGAGCCAGGUGGGAAAGUGUAGCAAAGAAGCCUAGGAUGAUGACAACUAACGCUUCUAUAAGUGACUCUUUCAGCAAGUAUGCUGAAUAUCUCAAUAACCUUAAUGAGAAGAGAGAAAGAGUGGUGAAAGCAAGCCGUGAUAUCACCAUGAACAGCAAAAAAGUUAUUUUUCAGGUGCACAGAAUUGGCAAACAUAACAAAGAUGAAGUACUAGAGAAGGCAGAGAAGGAUCUACAAGCUGUGAGGGAUCAGCAUGUCUCCCGACUUGUGAAAGAAUUGAAUGGGACUGACUUUUGGAAGCUGAGACGUGCAUACUCGCCUGGGGUACAAGAAUAUGUUGAAGCUGCAACAUUCUGCAAAUUCUGCCGAACUGGAACUCUUCUGAAUCUUGAUGAGAUUAAUGCUACUUUCUUACAUUUAUGUGAUUCUUCCAUUGAGCCUCUGCAGAUUAAUAUACUUGACUACCUUUUGGGGCUUGCAGACUUGACCGGAGAGCUAAUGAGGCUGGCUAUCAGCCGAAUAUCAGAUGGUGAACUUGACUUUGCUGACAAGAUAUGCAGAUUUGUACGUGAUUUACAUAGGGAGCUGACCAUUAUUGUCCCAAAUAUGGAUGAAAGCCAUGAUAUGAAAUUCAAAAUGGAGACAAUGCUUCAAAGUGUGAUGAAAAUAGAAAAUGCUUGCUUCAGUGUACAUGUGAGAGGAUCAGAGUAUAUACCAAUGCUUGGAGUAAAUGACCCUAGCUACACGCUGAUGGGAGUCCCGGAUAUGGAGCUGUAAACUACCGUCAAACUCUCCAGUUUCCCGUUCUGCAUACUGUAUGUGUCUUGUUCACUCUGGAGUCUUUCUAUAAUACUCUGGAGAUCACUUGAUGUUGACUAUGCUUGGUAAUGGGAAGUGAAUUUGUGGUCAGUUUUGUCAAUAGUGAUCUUUCGCUCUACAUGCAAAGUCAUUUUAGAAAUUACCUCUUAUCUGGAGAACAACAGCCCUAACAAUUUCAUUCACUAUGCUGCUUUGUUGAAGUAAUUUUACCGGUAUGAGGUUAACAUAUGCCUGA